CAAAUGAUACACAUAAUAAUUCACCCAAUCUUAAGAAAAACAGCAACAAAGUCACAAUGAGUAGGACCCAACCCCUUCUAUAAUUAUCAAACCCCAGAUCCCAUUUCACAGAGUCACUCAAAUAACCACAUUCCCCUUCUCUUCUCAGAGGCUACUAACAGUAGAAAACCCUAAGAACUAAGAAAAGGAGCAACCUUGAACUGAAACAUGACAACAACCUACGGCACGAUUCCGACCACGGGGCCUCCGAACCUGGAAUACAUAUCGCGUGCCAAGCAGCGGAUCAAGGCGGGGUUGGGGACGCGGCGGCCGUGGAAGGCCAUGCUGAACUUCCGCUCGCUGAAGGUCCCCGGCGGCGGCGCGGCGGAGGCGCUGUCGCGCGUGGCGGUGAACGUGUCGUACUUCCGCAUGAACUACGCGAUGGUGGCGCUGCUGAUUCUCUUCCUGAGCCUCCUCUGGCACCCCAUCUCGCUCAUCGUCUUCCUCCUCCUCAUGGCGGCGUGGCUCUUCCUCUACUUCCUCCGCGACGAGCCCCUCGUCCUGCUCGGCCACCUCGUCGACGACCGCCUCGUGCUCGUCGCCAUGGCCGUUCUCACGGUGGCGCUGCUGCUGCUCACCGACGCCACCGUCAACAUUCUCGUGGCCGUGGCGGUCGCCGUCGUGGUGGUGGUGGCGCACGCCGCGUUCCGGAGGACGGAGGACCUGUUCUUGGGGGAAGAGGAAGAAGCUGCUGCUGCGGCCUUGGCUGGUGCUGCUUGAUUCUUUGUUUUCUGUAUAAUUUUUUUUGUUGAAUUUGGAGAAAGAAAAUGGUUCUUUGAUUAGAUUUGGUUCAGUUUUAUGUUUUGUUGUUGCAUAUUUUUGGAAGAUGAUGAUGAUGAUUGCGUCCAUUUUUUAUUCUCUGUUUUCAUAAUUUGUUCUAACUUUGUGUUAAAUUGGUUUAACUGAAAUAUGAAAUUGGUGUUUGGGAGGGAAAUUAUGUGGUUGGGUUAAGUUCUUUGAAUCAGCUACAAGACAACACUUAAAUGAAAGUUUUGACUUUUUUUUUUCCUCAA